UACAGAUUUAAUGAGUGAAGUAGUACAUAAUGCAGUAAUAAUAAUAAAUUAAAUUAUUUAUUUUUAAAAAGUCACAUAUCAGUGGAUAAUUAAAGGUUUUCUUAUAAUUAUCAACUUAUCUAAACAUGGAUUCUAUGUAUGGUAAUUCUCUGAGACAAAAAAUGAAUAAGAUUUUUGAUACCCAUUUAUUAACUGAUAACAGUGAAGCUCUUAAAAACAUUUCUGGACUAUGCUCUUCAAAUUCGUCUUUUACAAGAAGAGGUCUUUUGAAUGAGAUCGAAAAAAAAGACGUACUUUUAAACAAGGCAGUCUUAGCUGAAUACAAUAAGGUCAAUGAAAGUUUAAAUUUCUUAUUGAAUUCUAUAUCGGCACUUAACGUUGCAGUUAAGGAUAUGUCAACGAGAUUAGUGGAAAGUAAAACUAAAACUCAUCAUUUGAUAACACAAACUACCAAGUUAAGAGAUGAAAGGAAGAAAACUGAAAAGAAACUUACAUGGGUGGAUACAUUCCUUAAAACAUUUCAAAUUUCACAAGAACAGAAUGAGUAUUUGUAUAACGUAUCCAUAAAAAUGCCAUUAACUAUAGAGUUCUUCAGUACUUUAUCCCAAAUAGAGAAACAACACAACAACUGUAAAACUCUUGUGAAAUGUUGGUAUCAGACUUCUGCUUUUGAUAUAAUGGAAAUGAUUGGACUUCAGCAGGAGAUGGCCAUAGAAAAGUUAUACCAUUGGACGAUUGGGGCUUGUGUCAGUAUUGAUUCUCCAAAUAAUGCAUUGGUGUCUAAAGCUUUAUCAAAAUUUCAGAAUAGACAAGUUUUGUUUUCAAAUAUUAUUGAUGAAUAUUGUUCUGCUCGUAAAGCGAUUACUGUUCAGUCAUUCAUUGAUGCACUAACUAAAGGCACAAUUACAUCAAAACCAAUAGAAUUCUAUGCUAAUGAUGCUAAACGUUAUAUGGAAGAUAUAUUGACUUGGGUUUACCAGAUAAUACCUAUUGAAAAAGAAAAUCUCAACACACUUUUCAAACAUUGUAAUAUGCAGGAUAAAGUCCAACAAGUAACAGAUGCUUUGACUUGCAUAAUGGAGGCUAUUUGUCCAUUACUCAAAGUUAGAGCUGAACUCAUUCUUAAACCAGACAAAGAUCCGUUAGUAUUGUUCUCUAUCAAUAAUUUAUUAGUCUAUUAUAAGGAUGUCAUACAGUCUGUAAUACCUAAAGGUCAUUUAAUAGACACAUUUGAAGAAUUGCUGAGAAAAAGUGAAGAAGUAUUUUCAGUAACACUUGAUAGGAAAAUUCAAAAAGAAUUGAGUCACGGUGUUAAGGCACCUUCUAUGGACUUAAAUCCAUCAGUAGUUGUAACAGAUUUGGUUAGCUUCCUGCGAGAUUUAUUAGGAAUAAUGAAUAUUUCUAACAGUAUAAAUAAUGAUAACAGAAAAAUUAUAAUAACACAUAUUCUGGAUCCUUUAUUACAAGCUGUGAAUGAGACAGCAUGCCAUUUAAGUUCCACUGAUAUGUCUGUUUAUAUGCUGAAUUGCAUUUAUCAUAUUCAAUGUACUUUAUCAUUGUAUACUGUCAUGGAUGAUUACAAUGAAAGGCUGCAAGCACAAUCGGAAGCCCAAGUUGACACAUUAACAUCUGAACAAGCUAGUUAUUUAGUUGCUAACUUGAAUUUAGGACCAAUUUAUACUAUUCUACAAGAAAGAACUAGUGGACCUCUCUCAACCAUACCUGGCAUGGAUACAGCAACAUUAAAAACAUUUCUUAACAAGUUUGAUAUGUUCCUGGUGACUCCAGAUAUCUACAUAUUACCUCAGUUAAACUUACUUCUCAGUCACUCUCAUAAAUCUUAUGUCAAGAAACGAGCUUUUGAAGUUAUAUUAGCUAUAUAUACUCAACUAUAUCAAGCUGUACAGGAUCCUAAUAAUGGUUAUGCAGAACCCCAAAUGAUAGUCCGUAGAACACCAGAUGAGGUUAAUAAUUUACUUAAAUAAAAUUUGAGUGACUCAAAUAAACACAGUGUAAUCUUGCUCAGGCUGCAAGUAAUUAUAAUCUAUCCAGUAUGCGUAAUACUUGAAAACAUUUCUGGUUAUAAAAAUUGGUUUUCAAUUAUAUUGUAUAAAAUAUUAAUUAAUAUAUAGAC